GAUGCUGUGCAGACCACUCCAUCGUCUGUCCCAGGCUUAUGGAGAACCGCUCACUUGCUGGCUGCCAGGAACCAGGGUGCUGAAAUGGAACAUAUAUUUGUCAUUUUUUUAAUGUUUAGUAAGGCCUUUUCAGUUGGAGCUCAAUUCAAUGGAUACAACUGUGAUGCAAAUUUUCACAGCCGCUUCCCUGCUGAGAGAGAUAUCAGUGUAUACUGUGGGGUCCAGACCAUUACCCUCAAGAUCAAUUUUUGCCCUGUUCUCUUCUCUGGCUACACUGACACCGACCUAGCCCUUAAUGGUCGCCAUGGAGAUGCCCACUGCAGAGGCUUUAUCAAUAACAACACCUUCCCCACUGUUGUAAUCUUUAGCAUCAGCCUGGCAACACUUGAGUCCUGUGGUAAUUCUUUGGUGGUGUUAACUGCUCAAGGACCCAAUGCUUAUGGGAACCUGUCCCUGGUGCAGAUUGGAAACAUAUCAGGGUAUAUUGAUACACCAGACCCUCCAACCAUCAUCAGCUAUCUGCCAGGUCUGCUGUAUAAGUUUAGCUGCAGCUACCCAUUGGAAUACCUAGUCAACAAUACACAGCUGGCCUCGUCAUCAGCUGCAAUCUCAGUGAAGGAAAGCAAUGGCACUUUCAUUAGCACAUUGAAUCUCCUGCUUUAUAAUGACUCAUCAUAUAUUCAGCAGUUGUCCAUCCCAAUGGCAGGACUGACCCUGAAGACACGCAUAUUUGCAGCUGUAAAAGCCACUAAUCUGGAUAGAAGAUGGAACAUUCUAAUGGACUACUGUUACACCACACCUUCUGGAAAUCCUAAUGAUGACCUGCGUUACGAUCUUUUCUUUAGUUGUGAAAAAGACCCCCAGACCACAGUGUUUGAGAAUGGGAAGAGCCAGAUGGGUCGUUUUGCCUUUGAAGUAUUCCGCUUUGUAAAGCACAAGAACCAGAAGAUGUCCACUGUCUUCCUACACUGUGUCACCAAGCUGUGCCGAGCAGAUGAUUGUGCAAUGCUGAUGCCAAUCUGUGGCAGCAGGAAAAAGAGAGAUGUCUCUGAGGGAAAGGGAUCAAAUGCUGCAUCUGGAAACGCCAUCCUGACUGCUGGGCCUAUCAUAACUCGGAGUGAUGAAAUACCAGCCAAUAAUUCUCAGCUGGCCCAUCUUAAAGCUCCAGUGUUUCACACAAAUACAAUGACCAUCGCACUCAUCUCAGGCAUGAUCAUUCUGGGUGUCAUGUGCCUAUGCUUCUUCAUCAUGUCCCUCACCCUUCUGAAAGGCAAGAGCGCUCCAGUCGGCACCCUGUCAGGAGUCCGAAACCUAACCUUCAACUGAGUACCUGAACUCACAGAUUUCUCAUCAGUUCAAUGCUAACCAAGAAUGCAGAACACACGCUGUCUGUGCAUGUGGGCAUCAAAGAAUUUAACUGUUGAAAAAAAAUACCUGUUACCAGGUCUGUACAAUGAGUAUUAGUGCAGGAGUUAAGUAAAACUGGGUUUUGUGUUCCUAUCGCACAAAAAGCUAAGCCUCAGCCUGCAUAUUUUUCAUGCAGCUUUAACCCAUUAGUGGGGAUACUAAAAACUUACUGCAAUACCUCAGCUAUACAGUUUUCAUUGCAGGGUACGGGAUCAAUUAUAUGGCUUGCAGUGCAUUAUAUAGUGUAUAAUAAACAUAGCAUUUCCUGAGAGAAAUGAUAGAUAUUAGAGAGAUAGAUUUACUUAAUCAUUUAUUAGGAGUUUUUUUCCCCUAAAUAUGUAUUUCCAUCGCUUGAUUUAAAUAUUUUUAGUUACUGUGUUAGCAAUAAACUUGAUUGUUAAGGAUAUUUUGUACGUGCUACCUUAUGUAUAACUUUUCCUUAUAUGUGGUUAAAAUGCAACUUGAUUUGUUCACGAAAUGUACAAAUUGUCUUCAAAUGUCCAUGUUGCUAAUACUGCACCUUGACUUGUUAUUAAAACAUACCCAUUUGCAUAUUUCUAAACAUAAACUAUACAUUGCCUCUUAAACACUACUGUGGGAUUACAAGAAUUGAUAAAUGACUAGCAUUGAUAUAGCUUGUAUUUUUACACUACAAUCCACAUUUAUCCAUUCAUGCACGCAUACAUGCAUUGCUUGGUCAGAUCAUACAACACUACUAUCCAACACACACAGACACAUGAACAUCAGGUGAGGUGGAGAUUGGGGGUGAGCAAGCAAAUGUAAAUUUCUGCAUUACUAAUAUACAAAUCUGAUGUAAAAUCAGUUUGAUUCCUUAUCAUAGUCCUUAAUAACCUCAAAGACCUCUUUGCUUCAUGGAGGGGCUUAACUUCCUCUGGGAUCAUUUAUCAUUUUAAUGUUUCUUUUAAUUUUUAUAGAAAACCUAAAGCUAAUAUAACAGAAUAGAAUUCAUUAAAACAUUUUGUUUUGUAUAUAUGGAUAAUUUUAUUUAAACGCUUAUGUUCCUGUACUGUGCAUCCAUGAAACGUAAGAUGAUUCGAUCUGCGUCAUUUCCGUCUUGCAUUUAUUUACUUUCCAGCUCUUUGAAACAUCAUGGCAAAA